AUGAGUGAAGAACAAGACCCUCUAAUGGCUGCUCUAAGCAUGGAUGCAGAAUCUGAACAACAACAACAAUCAAAUGCUCCUGGCUCUGCUGAAACUGCAACCUCCAACACGGACGCCCCACAACAACAAGCUGCAGAAGAAGAAGUACCAAGAAUUGACCCGGAACAAGAAGCUCGUAAUAAAGCCCUCACGCAAUUCAAAAAUAAGCUAUUAGAACAUAGACGUUAUGACGAUCAAUUGAAGCAACGUCGUCAAAACAUACGAACUUUGGAGAAACUUUAUGACAAGACUGAAAAUGACAUCAAGGCAUUACAAAGUAUCGGACAAUUGAUCGGUGAAGUCAUGAAGGAAUUAUCAGAAGAGAAAUAUAUAGUUAAGGCCUCCUCUGGUCCACGUUACAUUGUUGGUGUAAGAAAUUCCGUCGAUAGGAAGAAAUUGAAAAAGGGUGUUAGAGUCACUUUGGAUAUUACUACAUUGACUAUUAUGAGAAUCUUACCUCGUGAAACUGAUCCAUUAGUUUAUAAUAUGACUAGUUUUGAACAAGGGGAAGUUACAUUUGAUGGGAUAGGUGGGUUAACUGAACAAAUUAGAGCUUUGAGAGAAGUUAUUGAAUUACCUUUGAAAAACCCGGAAAUUUUCCAAAGAGUUGGAAUAAAACCACCAAAGGGGGUAUUAUUGUAUGGUCCACCUGGUACUGGUAAGACUCUUUUAGCUAAAGCUGUUGCGGCCACAAUCGGUGCUAAUUUCAUUUUUUCACCUGCUUCAGGAAUUGUAGAUAAAUAUAUUGGUGAAUCUGCUCGUAUUAUUAGAGAAAUGUUCGCAUAUGCAAAAGAACAUGAACCUUGUAUCAUCUUUAUGGAUGAAGUAGAUGCCAUCGGUGGUCGUAGAUUUAGUGAAGGUACUUCAGCAGAUCGUGAAAUUCAAAGAACUUUAAUGGAAUUAUUAACUCAAAUGGAUGGGUUCGAUAAUUUGGGUCAAACUAAAAUUAUCAUGGCAACAAAUAGACCAGAUACUUUAGAUCCUGCAUUAUUAAGACCAGGUAGAUUAGAUAGGAAAAUUGAAAUCCCAUUGCCUAACGAAGCUGGCAGAUUAGAAAUAUUUAAGAUUCAUACUGAAAAAGUCAAAAAAAUUGGAGAAUUCGAUUUUGAAGCUGCGGUGAAAAUGAGUGAUGGUUUUAAUGGUGCUGAUAUUCGUAAUUGUGCCACAGAGGCUGGAUUUUUCGCCAUUAGAGAUGAUCGUGAUCAUAUUAUUCCUGAAGAUUUAAUGAAAGCUGUAAGGAAAGUAGCAGAGGUCAAAAAAUUAGAAGGUUCAUUAGAAUAUCAAAAGUUAUGA